GACAUCCACUUUUUCACUAUAUUUCUCUGAGUAAUGUGGCAAAACAAUUAAUUGAAUUUCAAUUAAGAAAUAUUUGUGUGUACAUACGUCACGCAUGGGCGUUAAUCUGAGUAUAUUUAUACGUUUUGCACUAGGAUCACAAUGACUACAACGCAUAUUGAAGUGACUUUGAAGGAGAUGCUGCAAAUGGCGCUGGGCGCACCAAAAAUUGGUAAACUCAAUAUCACGAUAUUGCACUGCCUCUUCGACAUACUGCUCAAGAAGCUCGAUUGUCAACACGAAAGGGUGGAAUUAGAAGGUCAGGAGGCGGCAUGUUUACAAUCAAUUUUACGUAAGAGUAAUAUAGCGCUCCUCCCAUUCAACAGCGAUAAAGUGGAACUGCUCUCGCAUAAAAUGGAAGAACUGACACAUUUGCGGACACAUCAAGAGAAUGUUGAAAAUCAAUUGAACGAACAUUUGGAGGAAAUACGAGCGUGCAAUAAUAAAGACAACAGCAUGUACUCCACAAAUGAUUGGUUCAAGUAUUGCGGACCUUGUGAGUGGUACUGUACCAACGCCGAAACUGAGACUGACAUAUACUGCAACCUUUUGGAGAAUUAUGACUUCAUAACUAAAGUCAAGCGGCUUGUUGAGGAGCCCGUCAUCGGCCCAAUUAUGAACAUGAGGAAACGCAUAGAGGAAUUACAUGUGCAAUUGUUGGAUUAUCAACGUCUCUUAGCCGAGAAGUGUAAGCGUUUGUCAUACAUAGAUACAAUCGCGUUAGACAUCGACAAAUUCAGUCAUCUAAUUGUUCUGGAGAAAAAUUCCUUCCAAACUGCAAUGGAAGAGCUGCAGAGUAUGAUGGACGGAAAAAUGUAUAAGCUGGUUUUGCCAACGCUUAAGAAGUACAUUCAGACCGAAAUGGAAAAAAUCAAUGAAGUUUGCAAUAUGCUAAAGAAGAAAGAAAGAUGCGGCAGCAACAUGAAAUUCUCAGGAACAACCACAACAUGCCUAUCAUGUACAGGCAAGCUUACCUGCACAAGCCGACCGAUCCUAAUUGCACCCCAACGCAGUGCCGAGAUUACAGACGUUAAAAAGCGGAAAAUUGCCAAUGCUUGUAGCCGCACCGGUCCAUGUCUGGAAAAACAAAAGGAAAAAGAAUUAUUGGAGCGACUCAAAAUCAUAAACGAAAGAACAGAGGAAGCCAAAAUAAACAGGGAAAUGAGCAAGUCAUGCUACAAACAAUCCGAUCACUUUGAGGUAUUCCAGGGUACUAACGGCGUUUACUAUCGCAAGGCAUAAACAUUUUGAACAAAUGAUAACCAAGAGAUAUGUACGUGUAUGUCAAAAAUUAUUCAUAUGUGGUAUAUAUUUUUAUGUUUUUGAGCUGGAAUAAACUCGCCCACUUAUGGACACAUUUCACUAUACCUU